ACAAGAAUCUUUAAUCGCAUUCACAAAUGGCUAAAUUAGCAAUUAAGUUAAUAAACUAAUAGUAAUCACCUCUUCGCCUAUAAAUUAAAACUCUCUUCUCCACACAAUCACACUGCACAUCCCAUCAUAUCGGAACUAAAAAUAGAAAACCGCAAACGCCGUCGUUUCACGAUGCUCUCUUCUUCUCCAACCUUCUUCGCUCCUCCCUUUCUCUCCUCUUCUCCUCCCUCGCUCUCACCACCGUCUCGAACUUCCCGGCCCUCGCCGUCUCUUUCUGCCACUGCCACCACCACCGCCUCUUCCCGCUACACAUGCGCCGACGAUCCACCAAGGCGUCAGAUCCCGCAGCGAUUGUCGGCGGCAGCGUCUCUCUACGAGAUCCUCGAAAUCCCCGUCGGCUCGACGAGCCAGGAGAUCAAAUCGGCUUACCGGCGGCUGGCCAGGAUCUGCCAUCCCGACGUGGCGGGAAACGGUCGGUCGGCGGGCGAGUUUGUGAAGAUCCACGCCGCGUACUGCACGCUCUCUGACCCCGAGAAACGCGCCGUUUACGAUCGGAGGAUCCUUCGUCGGAGCCGGCCGUUGAGUGCCGGUGUUUCUGGAUUCGACAGUUGCGUCGGAGGGAAUUGGGAAACUGAUCAGUGCUGGUAGCGAGUUGUCUCGGUGAUCGAGUUUAACCAAUGCAUUAAGUUUUUUUUAAUCGUAAUUAAUAGUGCAAAAUCCAGAGAUUAAUGGGUUGUAAAUGAUAAGUAUAAAUGUUGUAUAAUUAGUUGCUUAAUAUGGCGUAUUGGCGAUAAUCAGAAUGCUAAUAAUAUCCGCGGAAUCUCUUUUCAUUUUAAAAA